GGCAAAUGACACAGUGUUGACAAGACUAGUGUAAGUUACAAAGCACAUAUCCAAUGACAGUGGGCACAAGUGAGGUGCACAUUAGGGAGAGGAGCGUACAGGACGAAGCAGUCUAGGUAACAAAAAGUGGUUCAUCUUUGCAGUUUUACAAGCAAACCAGUAAGACUGAUGGUCUGUGGUCUUUAACGAACCAUGACGUCUAAAGUAGAUAGUCCUCCAACCUAUGAAGAUGCACUGCAACAUCCCAAGUUUGAGCCCAACCAACCUCAGCAUGGGUCAGCUGAGCCGCUGCCUCCAUCCUACAGUGCUGGUCCUGGCAUGUACUCCAGCAGCCCUCCAAGUUACUGGGCACAGGCUGGCAUGUGGUCAGCGCCUGACCUCUCUCUAUCUGGAAUGCCCACCACAAUAAAUACUCUGUCUGCCGGGGUGCCAGCAACAAACCCAAGAGAAAUGGAGAGUUUUCUGAACUCGCAGUGGGAGAGUACAUCCGUUCGACAUGCUUUCAUCAGAAAGGUGUAUUUAAUUUUAGCUGCUCAGCUCACUGUCACCUUUUCGGUUGUGGCAGUCUUUACAUUUGUUGAUCCAGUGAAGAUGUUUGUUAUCAGGUAUCCUGGAAUCUAUUGGGCAUCCCUUGUGGUUUAUUUCAUGGUUUACUGCAUUCUCCUCUGCUGUAAAGAGCCAAGGAGGCGUUUUCCAUGGAAUCUGGUGCUGCUGGGAGUAUUUACUGUUGCCCUGUCUUACAUGUCUGGAACAAUUUCAAGCUAUUAUGAAACAAAAGCGGUCUUUCUGGCCAUGGGAAUAACAGCUGUAGUUUGUAUAACUGUCACAGUCUUCUGCUUUCAAACCAAGGUUGACUUCACUUCCUGCGGGGGAUUUCUCAGUAUUGCCGCCAUUCUGCUCGCCAUCAUCGGGGCAGUAACAGCCAUCGUGCUCUUCUUCCACUACGUGCCUUGGCUUCAUAUGCUUUAUGCUGCCAUUGGAGCCAUUAUUUACACAUUGUUUUUAGUAUACAACACACAACUUCUCAUCGGAAACCGGGAGUUGGCGAUAAGCCCAGAAGAGUAUGUUUAUGGAGCUCUGUCUCUCUACAUUGACAUUGUUCACAUCUUCCUCUUCAUCCUCCAAAUCAGUGGUUCUGCAACCGAAUAAGGUCUUGAAGAACACGCAACAGGUCUCCAUGGAGGCUUGACCAUACAUUACUGUUAACUAGUAAUAAUCCAUGUACCUUGUGGUCAUUCGUUUUUUUAUUUUCUCCUCAUUUCAGAAAAAUAGGAAAUUUCCAUUCUUCUUUUGCUACUUAUUUUGCGGUUGAAAUGGGGCCUUGUGUCCCAUGGCGCUAAUAUUGACAAAUACUGUUUAGCAUUUUAUUAACUAGUGCAAAGAUUUCAAAACCUACAGACUUGGAAACCCAACACGCCGUACCUUGUUGAUCACAUGACCAUUAAAAUAACAAAGGUGGAGGUUUGCAGAUUUUUUCAGAUGUUUUAACAUGUUUCGAAAUUACCACUAACUAAUAUUACAGGGUCCCUACAGAGUUCCAGAUAAAUUUAAGACUCUUAGACGUAGUUAAGACCAUUUUUUAAAAACCUACUACCUUUUUCACAGCCAUAUCGACCAAGAAAAACAAUCUGUGAAUUUGUGUUAAUUUAUUGCUCAAAAGUGGAAAUGUGGAAUGUGUGCAGGAUGUAAGAAUGCAGCAUACUGAAACUGAAUAGGCUACUCACACGACACUACUACAGUGCAGGCACAGACCACAGACAACAGGCCAAGUAGAGGUGUUUUCUUUCGCAUUAGUAUUUAGCGUGGCGAUCGUCAUCUUAAACUCUUGGGCAACCAAAACACCUUUGCGUUCAUGGUUGUUGUGGACCCAAACGAUGUGCGUAGAUCCACUCUCGCAGAUCCACUAGCGAUCGUAGCUGGGCUGGGAUGCAGGGGGGGCUGCAGCACUAGCAGCUAGCUGGCUAGUGUUAGCAACUGUCGGUCGCUUCCAUUAGAAGCUAAAGCCAGCCAGCAAGCUGGGGUCUCUUCAGGCUCAUUAGCAGCUGGCUGGCUUAAACAAGGCAGAUUGAAAAACGCCGGCAAUGGAGGGAGUUUGUUUCUUUCCUCUCAUGGAGGUUAUGGGCUUGGACAAUUUAGCAUGGGACUAUAGCGCCUUCAUGCCCAUUGUACCAAGCUGAAUUUGUUUUUGCAUACGAUGCAAAAAGCUUCAAACAACCUGCUAUCCACUGGUUUGAGCCAAAGGCGAAAGGAUUGUUUACUCAACCAAGCUUUGUUGAAUUUUCAUUUCCCCAUCUCUCUAAUAUGAAAUGAAUGGCUAGGUGUGAAAAAAAUGGCGUCUGUAUAGCGUAGAGCAUGACAUUUUGUUGGGACUCCUGUCGUGAAACAGGAUUCAGGAUUUGGGACAGGGCGUGAAUGAAAGUCAACGGGAGCGACAUCCAUCUGUAGAAUAAUAGUGAUCUAUUUCAGCUGGUCGCACAGCAAAUUAAAGAAGUAGGCAUAUUUGUAGCCAUCUUUCAGUGACCCAACGCUGUUUUGACUUGGAUUAGCAAGUCAAAAGAACUCCACAAUAUCCCAUAAUCCAUCAGUGCUUGCAAUCAACGAUUUUGACCCGUAGCUGCGUUGGGUUCUCAAUGAUUGGCUCCUCCACCCUAUUUAUUUAUUUAGGCUAUGUUAUUUACCGUAAUCAAAAUAACAAAUGACACUGUUGAGGAGAAAUGAGACGCGGAGAAGUUAAACAUCAUACAUUUUAAGCUCCAUAUAUGAAAAUUCAAUACUUUUUCCAAGACUUUUUAAGGUAUUUUUUCCCAAUUCAUAAAUUCAAUGAUGUCAAGACUUUUUAAGACCCCGCGGGAACCCCCACUCCGGCCGCAGAGUAAGUAGCAGUCUUCUGGGUCAUGCAAAAUGAACUUGAAGAAAACAAAUGAAAGUCAUAUUUAAUUUCCCGAUUUGUGUUAAAAUAACACAAAAUGGAACAUCAUACAGUAUAAAAGCUAUUUUCCAUUUUUCAAUAACCAAUUAUGAAUCGAGAAACAGAAGACUAUUUAUUCCCCUUUUUUGUUGAGACAUAUAAUACAAAAAAUGUUUCCAUCAUUCUUUUACCAAAAUUAGAAGACAAAACAAAUGACUGAAAGAUACAGAGCCCAAUAACUCUUGUAUUUUUCAUUGCCAGCCGUGAAUGUUUUAAUGUCGUAUUGUUGUUUUGCUGCCAACACUUUAGCACUUUGGAUUGUUGCAGUCAUAUAAAAAAAGACAGCUGACACUUCUUAAAAGAAAUACAAAUUGUCUUUCAAUAUGAUUUCUAUCAAUGUAAUCAUAAGAGAAAAUAAUGGACACAAAGACAAAAGCUUUGUGAUUUGAAAAAUAUUUUUAUAAGUCACAAUUUGUUCUUUUGAUUUGAUUACCAAAAAAAACAACAACAAAAAACACUCAUUUUGUUACAGAUUUACUGUAGGAGACAACGAUGGUUAGUUGGAGGUAGUUAGGACUUGGGCCAGACUUCUUUACUAAGAAGAGAUGCUGACCAGUUGACUAUUGCAUCUUUCCAACCUAACAUGAGUGCACGCCUCCUCUCUUUCCACUGUUAUUUGUUAAGACAUCUGUUCAUAACAAUCAAUAAAGUUCCCUACUGUUGCACCGACUUCGAUCUCGCAUAGUACAAAUUAAUCCAAGUAUCAUGUUAGUGUCCUAAAGAGUGACACUAACCCAUUAAACCAGCAUUGUGUAUUAGUAGUUUCCCAUCACCGUUAUGUGACUUGCCAUCUGUUAAGAAAAAGAUUGCUUGACAUUUUCAAGGUGUCAGGCGUUUGGGGUCGCGGGGGAACAUGGA